AUGGCCUCGAGGCUCAAAAAAGUGUUGGGCAAGGUGUUAUCAAAGGAGCAGCACGGCUUCUUACCGAGGAAAAGCCUGGCGGACGCGGUCUCGGUGGUAGCGGAUGCGGUGGAAGCGGCGAGCAGCAGCAAGGAAGACUGGCUGUUGCUGCUGGUCAAUUUUCAGAAGGCAUAUGACACGGUCUCACGGGGGUAUCUCUUCAGAGUCAUGAACGAGCUGGGGGUGCCGGAGAAAUUCAUCUGCUGGACGAAAGGCCUACACGCAGGAGCGGGGACCAAGAUUAUUGUCAACGGAUGGCUGAGCGAGCGGGUAGAGAUGAACAGAGGAGUCAGGCAGGGAUGCCCAUUGGCACCUUACCUAUUUCUCUGCGCGCUGGAACCACUCUGCAGAGCCACCCAGCGCGAGAUGCUGGGGAUCGGGUCGACUGGAGAGGAGCCGAUCUCAGAGGUAGCGGAGGAGAAGAUAUUCAUACUCUGGAGUGCCUACUUGGCGUGCCUCCCGCGGAAGGACGGUGGUUUGGGGCAGCUUGACUCGAAGCUCUGGCUCGAUGGGCUGGCGGUCCGCAGGAUCGACAAACUCUUGAACGGGCCGGAUGGCACGCGACAAUGGCUGGUGGAGAAAGUAGAAGGUUUCCCACAAUGCUGGGCUACGUUGUUUGCACAUCCAUCUGCGGGAAGACACUGGCAUCAGGGGAGCGAGAGGUGGAAGGCAGCGGUAAAGGUCUUCUGGAAAUCGCCGCUCGCGAACACGCCGGCAAUUGCAAACAGCUGGGAAGUGGAGGAGGAAUUCAUCGGUUUCAACAGGCACAUCAAGCACAGGGGGAACAGUCCUUUUGGGCACCAGAUUGCCAUAGCGGCCCUUCUCACUACACGUGUUAAAGACUUUAUCAUUGGUGGCCCGGGAAAGAAGGAGGAUGUCCUGAAGAUAGAAUUUGGGAGCAAAGAGGCGGCGGCUAUGGCGAAGAAGGCCUAUGGUGCCAUGCCACCAGAGUGGAGGAGAAUGGUAGAAGAGCCGGUAACGGCGGAGGCGGUGGUGGCAGCAUCUGGGAUCGUGAGGUACAUCCUUCGGGGACAACCAAUGCGACUCCCAUGGGCGGUGAAAGGGGUGGCGGCGUCAAAAGCGGCUAUCUCUAUUAUGUCGCUCAGAGAGGAUGGGAAACUCGGCACACAGCGACGUUCACAUGAGACGUGUGUCGAGGCGUCUGGGCUUCAGCCGAUGGUGGUGCAAGGGAAAAAGCUGAUAGGGCCAGUGGCCGACCCGAAGACAAGGCUCCUAACCAGACCAGGCUUCUUUGUGGGAGGAGAACUAGCGCCGCUGCACAAGAUACGGGCUGUGCUUACCACGACUAAAGGGCGCUCCUGGAGGCACGCAGAAUGGGAAGAGGUUUGGGGCAAGAAGAUCGACUGGAAGCGGGCCAUCGAUGUCCGUGACUCGAUUCAUGUCCCCCUCAAGGCAAGGGAUGUGCUCCUACGAGUCCACAGCAUGAACCUGCAGGUGGGGGGGAGAUUGGAUUUCUUCCAGAACAGAAUCAAGUGCUAG